UGCUUGGCCUGCGCUGAACCAAACCCCUCCGUCAGGGCCCUCUGCUACAGAUAUGGCUUGGUUUCUCUGUCUGUGUGUGCUUUUUGCCGUGCUGCUGGCUCUGUUAGCGCUGCAGUUGAAGCUCAGGAUGUCUGCACGUCACCCCCAGGAGCUCCCCCGUCUCCCAGCGCUGCCUCUGAUCGGCAGUCUGCUGAGUCUGCGAAGCCCGCACCCUCCCCAUGUGCUUUUUAAAGAACUGCAGGAGAAAUACGGACAGACGUACUCUCUGAUGAUGGGCUCCCACUGUGUCAUCAUUGUCAACCAGCACACACAUGCCAAAGAAGUCCUGCUGAAGAAGGGAAAGAUAUUUGCAGGAAGACCCAGAACUGUAACCACAGAUGUUCUGACCAGAGAUGGGAAAGACAUUGCAUUUGGAGACUACAGCGCUACCUGGAGAUUCCACAGGAAAAUAGUCCACGGAGCUCUGUGCAUGUUUGGAGAGGGCUCUGCCUCUAUAGAGAAGAUCAUCUGUGCAGAGGCCCAGUCUCUCUGCUCCGUCCUGUCUGAGGCAGCAGUUGCUGGACUGGCCCUGGAUCUGUCUCCUGAGCUGACUCGGGCCGUCACCAAUGUCAUCUGUUCGCUCUGCUUCAACUCCUCAUACCGCAGAGGAGACCCAGAGUUUGAGGCCAUGCUUCGCUACAGCCAGGGCAUCGUAGACACUGUGGCAAAGGACAGCCUGGUGGACAUCUUCCCCUGGUUACAGAUUUUUCCUAAUGCAGACCUGUGUCUUCUAAAGCAGUGUGUUGCAAUCCGAGACAAACUUCUACAGAAGGAAUAUGAUAAACACAAGGCAGACUACAGUGACCAUGUGCAGAGAGACCUGCUGGACGCUCUGCUGAGAGCCAAGCGCAGUGCUGAGAACAACAACACUGCAGAGAUCAGCGCAGAGUCUGUGGGCCUCAGUGACGACCACCUCCUCAUGACUGUAGGUGACAUCUUUGGGGCCGGCGUGGAAACCACCACCACCGUGCUCAAGUGGGCCGUCACCUACCUCAUCCACAAUCCACAGGUGCAGAGGCGUAUCCAGGAGGAGCUGGACAUUAAGGUGGGGGGGGACCGGUCUCCCCAGCUCAGUGACAGAGGCAGUCUGCCCUACCUCGAGGCCACCAUCAGGGAGGUGUUACGGAUCCGCCCCGUGGCCCCUCUGCUCAUCCCCCAUGUGGCCCUCAGCGACACCAGCAUCGGGGACUUCACCGUGAGGAAAGGUACUCGAGUCAUCAUCAACCUGUGGUCUCUGCACCAUGAUAAGAAGGAAUGGAAAAACCCUGAGCUCUUUGACCCUGGUCGGUUCUUGAACAGUGAAGGCACAGGUCCGAUCAUCCCGUCGCCCAGCUACCUGCCGUUCGGCGCCGGGAUCAGGGUGUGUCUCGGCGAGGCCUUGGCCAAGAUGGAGCUCUUCCUCUUCCUGUCGUGGAUCCUACAGCGCUUCACCCUCUCUGUCCCACUAGGCCACCCUCUGCCCAGUCUGGAGGGCAAGUUUGGUGUGGUCCUUCAGCCGGCCAAGUACAAGGUGAACGCCAUGCCCAGACCAGGCUGGGAGAGAAACAAGUGGCGUGCAUGUUGAGAUCCGCCCUGCGUUCUCGACAGCAGUGGCUCUCAUUUGUGACCUGGGAGGCUUUUUUUUCAAACCAAACACAAAACAGGCAGAUGAUCAAGCGUGCAGUAGUGAACUGGACAUAUAACAUUUCUUUGUAUUUCUUGACAGUAUAAAGCAAUCUCAACUAACAGUUCCAAACAUUAUUUAUAAAUAAAACUUUGGGUCUAAUAUA